GGGAGUAGCUAGAGCACUGGAAGAAAAUGGAGAAGGAAACACAUGACAAUGCAAUAAUUUGAAAUAUAAUAAUGAUGAACAAAUUCAUAAAAGUUGAACAAUGAAGAAAAGGGUGGCCAUCAUUGGGGCAGGAACAAGUGGCCUUCUUGCUUGCAAGUAUAUAGUGGAGAAGGGCUUUAAUCCAAUUGUUUUUGAAGCUGAAGAAAGCGUAGGAGGAUUAUGGAAGCAUACUGCAGAGUCCACCAAGCUCCAAAAUGCCAAAGAAACUUACCAAUUUUCAGAUUUCCCUUGGCCUUCUUCAGUUCAAGAAGUGUAUCCUAAUCACACUCAAGUGCUGAAGUAUCUUCAAUCCUAUGCUCAACAUUUUGGCAUCGUUCCUUACAUAAAAUUCAACUCCAAAGUCAUUAGUAUAGACUAUGUUGGAGAGUCUUAUGAAGAGAUGGAGUCAUGGGAUCUAUGGGGAGGAACAGGCAAGCCUUUUGGCUCUAGAGGGAAAUGGCACAUUAUAGUCCAAGACACCAAAAGUUGCUCAGAAGAGGAGCACCAAGUUGAGUUUGUGGUUCUCUGUAUUGGAAGAUUCAGUGGUCUUCCAAACAUACCCGAGUUCCCUCCAGAUCAAGGCCCGGAAGUAUUCAAUGGUAAGGUGAUCCAUUCCAUGGACUACUCUGAUAUGGACAAGGCCAGUGCUGCAGAAUUGAUUAGAAGAAAGAGAAUUGCAAUCGUUGGCUCACAGAAAUCUGCAAUUGACAUUGCAGGAGAAUGUUCAAAUGCAAAUGGAGUUGAAUACCCUUGCACAAUGAUUCAGAGGACUGCUCAUUGGUUUCUCCCCAGCGGCUCUUUGUGGGGAGAGUUACCCUCUUCGUCAUACAAAGAGAGGUCGAAAUUCCCAGAUGGAUUGAAGGCAACUGAGACUGCCACUUGCCCACGCGGCCGAAUUGAAUGUGAAAUGUGCAAAGAAGCCAUGGAACCCGAGAUGGGUUUACAGGACAUGAAUGGAGUAGGAGAGAAAAUGGUCUGUUUUGGUGAAGGGGAAAGUGGAAGUACAGGGUUGAUGGAAGAAGUAGCCAUUGGAUGUUUCAGCUUUCAAGCUGUGUAUGUCAUGUGUGAUGAUGAUAUGGUCUGA